CCAACAGUCAAAGCGCGCAGACCAGAUUUUUGUGUCGUCGUCGCUGUGUAUUUUAACAAGAAAUAAUAAGCAAAAAACAUUUAAUUAAACACAGCAGUACUUACAGACCUCAGAAAUAUUUUAAAUACGAAAUGAUUCAUUGAAAUUGUGAUUGAAAUUUAAAAACGGAAAAAAUUAACAAAAAUGUAUUGAAAUUUUACAUUGCAUUGCAAGAAUAAAAUGUGUGAUCUCCGCUGAAAUUCACUGAAAUUAAUGAGGAAAAAAAGGAAAUUACAUUAAAGAGGUCGUUUUGUGGCUGAUUUAAAAAAGAAAAUAAAAUACAUAGAGCAUAGUUUGUUGUGUGUGUGAGGAGGAAGAAAGAACGUCGACGGCGAGGAAAAUACAGAUUAAAGCAAAAAAAUAAUAGAGCUGCUUGGGUUCGCUCUAUCUCCCUCUCGGUCGCUCUUACACCGCUCACAUUAGAAUGUGUGAGGGUGAUAGCUGCCGUCAUUUUGUAAACACAGUCACAGCAGUGAAACAAACAACAAAAACAAACACAAGAACACCAUUCAAAAGGGAAGAGUGCAAAUGUCAAGUAAAUUUCUACAUAAAAACGACAUCUAAAGAGAAAGACAAAAAUACCAAUAACAAAAACAACAAUUUGUCGUUUCGUAAAUAUAAACAAAAUGCAAACCUUAAUAAACAACAACGUCAUGGGCAACAACAAUGCCCAGGAGCAGCAAUAUCCAAAUCUCCACCAGCAUCAUAUAAGCCAAGAUAUCCUGCCAGAACAACAGAAUCCUCAGCAGCAUCAUCAUCAUCCUCAUCAGGGUUAUACCCAUAUGCCUUCCACAACAGCAACAACAAUGCCAGUUUCCUCAUCGUCAAUAACACCGCCUUUAACAUCCUUGAACGAAGGUCUUUAUACCCCCAUUGUGACGUCAGAUAGUUCAUCUCAGUAUUGUAGUAGUUCAGAGGUAUCAUUACUGAAUUGUAAUACCACAUCCACAUCACCUGGUGGUUCCAGUUCCGACACCAAUUCCAACUGCAGCUUAUCACCAAAUUCUUCAAAUUCCAGUUUAUCCGAAAAGAAAUCAACACCAUCGAUAGGUGUUAAUUUGCGUGUAACGGGCCAAUGUAGUCAAGGUGGUCGUAAAUAUAUGGAAGAUUACUUCUCGGUAGCCUAUCAACAAUCGGAAAAUGCCAAAGAUUUGGAAUAUGCCUUCAUUGGUAUCUAUGACGGUCAUGGUGGGGCCGAAGCAGCUACAUUCGCCAAGGAACAUCUAAUGAUGGAAAUAAUAAAUCAACGAUUAUUUUGGUCUGAUUCGGAUCAUGAUGUAUUGCGAGCCAUACGUGAAGGUUAUAUUGCAACACAUUAUGCAAUGUGGAGGGAACAAGAUAAAUGGCCAAAAACUGCCAAUGGUUUGCCCAGUACAGCAGGUACAACCGCUACAGUAGCCUUUAUAAGGCGUGAAAAAAUCUACAUUGGACAUGUAGGAGAUUCCGGUAUUGUAUUGGGCUAUCAAAAUGAAAAUGAAAAUUUCUGGAGAGCCAAACAAUUGACGGUUGAUCAUAAACCCGAAUCUGUGGAAGAAAGAAACCGAAUUAUGAAAUCAGGUGGCAAAGUAGUUGUUAAAUCUGGUGUACCUCGAGUUGUGUGGAAUCGUCCAAGAAAUGCAAGUCAUCGUGGUCCCAUUAAACACAAGACUCCAGUCGACGAAAUCCCAUUCUUGGCUGUGGCUCGCAGUUUAGGUGAUUUGUGGAGCUACAAUUCGGAACGCAAUGAAUUUGUUGUCAGUCCUGAUCCAGAUGUUAAAGUAAUACCCAUUAAUCCCAAAACAUUUCGAUGUCUAAUAUUCGGCACCGAUGGCCUUUGGAAUGUGGUCACGCCACAAGAAGCGGUGAAUACUGUUCGAGAAAAAGAGGUGAUAAAUGAACGUUUACAAGCCCAGCGCGGUGAUUGUCCUAAUGAGGGCCAACAAUGGACAAAUCCCAGUAAAUCAUUAGUCGAUCAAGCCCUAUCGAUGUGGUCAUCGAAAAAGAUGAGAGCCGACAAUACCUCUGUUGUAACUGUGAUACUGUAUCCACCGGGUCAGGGUGUCCACAACACAACAAAUCAGAUACACAAGGAUGUGGGAAGCGCAAUAACGACACCACCAGCAUUUAUACAACCUGCCAGCUAUGGACUCGAGUAUACGCAGGUACAUGCGGAGAUACCCACAUAUGAUGACGCCACUACUUACAAGGAAAUGGCAAUGAAGUAUUUACCGCCGGAGGAAUAUCGAAAUUUCAAUUACUAUGCCGAUGAUUCCGACCAUGCCGAGGACACAGAUGACAGUGAUGGCGAAGAAGCAUGUACAAAAUCGCUAAUGCCAAACGGUGGCAACAAUUAUCACAUGCAAACAAACGCUUGGAAUUGGCAGCAACAUUCAAAUCAGCAACUUAGCCAUCAUGUAUCAGAAGAGGAACCUGGCUAUGUGGAAGAUGGCGAAGAGGAUGAUGAUGAUGAAAUAGAUGAAGAUGAUGAAGAGGAAGAAGAGGAGGAAGACGAAGUCAAUAAUGUAAAUAAUGUGGGAAGUGGAACGCGCGAAGUUUGUGUCAUAGAUUAUCAGAACUAUUUGCAAAUGGGUUCGGAAGAAACAAACGGUGGCGCUGAUUCCUAUAUUAACACCUUUGCUGAAUCGUAUAACUCCCUGUUGUCCACGGCCCAAGUAAUCGAGGAAAGUGUACCUUCCACCUCUUUAAUAACACCAACGAAUUCCAAUUCAAACUCCAGUUCGAAUUCCUCAAAUUGCCAAAGUGUUUCACCACCAAAUAUGCAUGCCAUUAUUGAGGAACAGCAAUUGUAUCAGCAGCAGUGUAUGUCCGAAGAGGAUGGAUAUUCUUUAACAAAACUGGAAACCAGAAGAGAGCAGCAGUCGUGCAAGUCUCAAGGUUCACCGGUGGAUACUUUUAAAAUUUUCCAUCCCAACAAUGUUGAUCAACAUGCCCAGCACCCAGAUAUGCAGAAUAUGACGGUAUAUAGCACCACCACAACCAAUACAGCGGAAAGCUAUUAUCACCAUGCAACGGAGUAUUUGCCACAGAAGCCGUUGGAACUGCAUUCCUUGUUGCAACAAGAACGAGAAGAAGAACAGCAGGUGGCGUAUGAAAGACAACAACUACAAAACCACCAAAACAUCAAUACCUAUGCCUGCCUACAAGCUAUACGUCAUAACGAUGACUCACCUACCACAUCCGCCUCGGUUUAUGUCAAUCAACAGAUUUCCAAUAAUUCAAGUGUGGAUGAAAAAGUAAUGGAUGUUGUAAUGGAGACGACAGAUGAUUUGAUAGAUGAAGUCGAGGAUAGUGUCACUAUUACUGUGGAACCUUGUGUACAGAUCAAUGAGAUUUCAUCCUCUUCAUCGACGGUAGACGAUAUAAUCCAGGAGGUAGAUGAGGAGUAUGUGGAAACAACGUGUGAAAAACCUGCCGUUAUUGAGACAAUUGAAAAGAUUGAAAUUCUUCAGGACAAUGAGGUGUACGAUGUUUGUAGAAGGCGAAUAUCGAAUGAAGAAGGAGGAAUGCCACCAAAAAUGUCACCUGAGAAAAGACAAUGUUUAACAUCCUGCCUCAACACACCAACACCGCCGCCUGCAAGAAAUGGCCUGAGAACGGGCCGUUCAUUUAACUUUAGCAACUCCAAUGUACAAAAUGAAAAUGUGGAAAGGGUUUCGUUAAGGGGACGAAACAAACAUGCUUUCUUCAAUUCCCACAGCCAACGAAGAAGUUUGAGUAUGACACCGGCGAGCAGCAAUGCAAAACCUACAUCAGGUCUGUUAAUGACACCUCCCACAGCUUCUUCCACGCCCAUAAUAAGACAGUUGCGCAGCAAUAGCAGUAAUACACCUAUGGAUUAUGGCAAACGUACCCUACGAACAAGGAAUUCAUUGGCCAAAGAUAUGAAAGCCAAAUCGUCUAUGGUACAGGCAUCCCUUAAGUUGCCACACAAUACACGUAAAUUCCUGCAACGAACUGGAGCGGGUCUAAUUGUAAGCAAUUCUGUUUUGAUGCAGGAUCAACACUUGACACCCACAAAUCGAAGAUCUCUCAAUGCAAACAGCAACACAUGUAAUGCCAAUCGCAGUAUUAAAACCCGCAACAACAAUAGCAGUGCAAUGCCUCAGACGCCACACCAUCUCAAUUUAAGAUCUCGCCAAAAUGUUGUGACACCCUCGACAGCAGCCCCAGCCACACCAAAUAUAAUUCAUCUCAAUAACAAUUCCUCAAUAGAAAGUUUGGUGGGAUCACCGCCACCGCCCAUUUCAGCAUCUACACCUGUGAUAAAACGUGCCUCCUCCUCUCUCAGUGAUCGUCGUAUUAACCUGCGUAGCAUACACACACGUAGUUCGUCGCGCAUAGAUCCGGCGGUACAGGCUACAAAUUUCAGUAAAACUACAAGGUCACAGAGUACGGGUACAAGUUUGGCGGCACCACCACCCUCGCCGAAAAUGAUAAAUGCCGCAGCCGCUGUUGCUGCAGCUACCAGGGCGCGAUCUCUAAUGACACAACAGCGUGCUGCUCAAGCAAAUGGUACACAGUCGGUGGUUUCGGCUGUCUUUGGCAAACGAGUUAACCUGCGUAGUGAUGGUGUGGUAACAACGUCAGCGGCGACUCCAGCUGUCUUGGCGACAACCACUGCUGCUUCGACGCAUCAAACCCUAAGAGGCAGAGUAGUUAAGAAACUUAAACGGUAAAUUAUGAAAAGAGCAACAUGUGCUGAAUGGUAGUUUAGAGAAGUGACAAGAGGUUUCUCCACAUCAUCUGAGGUUUCCAAUGAAUGAGAAUAGCUUUAUAGAAUAUUGUGUAUCUGUUUUGAGUUUACGCUUUUCCUAUUCUAAUUGUAGAAGAUGAGAUCUGAGGGAAUUGUAAUUUUCGCUGUAGAAUAUUACUUCUUUUUUAUUAUGAACAGUUUAAGUGGUUGUGGAAAAGGAUUUUGGAUUUCGUUAUUUUCUUCAAAAAAAAAAAAAAAAAAAAAAAUUGCAAGUAAUUGAAAUCAAAUGACAUUCUAAAAAUCCCUCUAAACGUUGUUAUGCAUUUUUGUGGAUUUUCUAUAUUUAGUGGAACUUUUCGAAUUUCAUUUGAGCUAAGAAAAAAAUUGUGAAAAAUAAUACCAAGAGCUUUUUCCUUACUACUUAAAAAUAUUAAAAUAAUUUAAGGAAUCUUGAAGCUUUAUAUCUUAAAAUUUUAAAGAUAAUGAAAAGUUGAGUAGAACUAAACUGAAUUUUUGGAUUAAAACUUAUUAGAUUUGAAAAAACAAAUACUCCAAACCUAAAUUAUUCAGAACUUACAUCUAGGGAGUUUCAUGACAGAAAGUCCGAGUUUUCCGGAGAGAAAAAAUGAUUGUUUUAUGCACUUCCAUUUUAUCUAUAAACCCAGAUUUUCUUUCGUCAAACUUCCCGAGUUAGAAAUGCAUUUAAUUCUUUUUCAAUAAUUUCCAAAAAUAUAUUUUGCUUGGACUCGCUUUGGAUAUAGACCAGUAGUGGGAUUCUGUAUUUUUUUGAUUUCCGACAAAAAUCGAUAACUUUGAAACCCAACAUUUUGAUAUAUCAAAGAAGUGAACGUUGACAACAUUGAUGUCCAUUGGUAGGUCUUAGCGACUACUUUGAUUUCGUCACUAACUUGCCGAAAAAUUUCGAUUGAAGUUGGGGUUUUGCGAUUAUUUGCGAACCACAUAAGGAAAGAUUUAGAAAUGAAAAAUCCGUAGGAUAAGGAUAUGCUUAUUUAAAAAUUUUUUUUCUCUUGAUAAAAUCUUCGAGAUUUGGCCAUUUAAAUAGUUUUUCCAAUUAAAUCUAAAGCUUUAAUCUGUUUUGAACAAUUUGAAUUUUCAAAAUGUAUAAAAUUUUUUAGAUCUUUAGAAAUUACAAACCUUUGCAAAAAGGACACUUUUCCCCCUCCUUCCCGAUGAUUAUUCUACAAUUAUAAUAGGAAAUCAUGACUCAAUAUUGAAUACAAAACAAACUAACUCUACAUUUGCAAUGAGUUCCAAUACCAAAAAAAAAAAAAAAAAUAUAUUGAAAACUCGUUACGAGAAUAGAUCAAAAAGUAAUGAUGAUAAAUGUGUAGUACAAAAUAAUGAAAUUUGAGAAAACAAAAAUUGAAAUUCAUUGUGCAUAUAAUAGUAGUAGUUUCAUACUAAAAAAAAUCAAGAAAACAAAGUAUAUAUUUCUAUAAAAUAUAUGAACAAAAAUUAUUAUUUAUAUAACAAAGAAAUAUGAAAGCAGCACCUAUUUCUUUUUUUAGAUUUAAUCUAGUUUUAUAUUUUAUUUCCUUUUGCAAUACGUCGAUUGUACCAAUCAACAACUUUCAGUCUAAUAUUAUUUUAAUACAAUAUUUUCUUUCAAUCAUAAUUCUACAAAAACAUUUUGUAGUCUAAUUUAAGUUUUUCAUCAUAUAUCUUAACAAAUUUUUUUUGUAUAUUCCAUUAAAACACUUAUUUUAAACAAACAAACAUACAAACAAAUUAUUAAUAAAAAUUAACUUUUAAGAAUAUUUUACAAUUAACAGUAGUUUUUAGUUAUCAUUUGUACCAGCAAAACAACUCUGCAACAACAAAAAUCAAAUCAAAAAUGUAAAAGAUGCUAUAGCUUUUAUAUCGUAUAAUUUUAUUAAUCAAAAUACAUACAUAGCAAAGUUCACUUUUGUUGUUUCUAUUUCCAUAAGGUUUAUAUGUAAAUAAAUUCAUGUUUUUUUAUUAUUUAUCCACAAAAAAUAGUAUUUCUUGUUUUCUCUUUUUAGAAAAAUCAAGAUUAUUUUUUAAAAUCUAAUUUUAGGUUAGUUUUAAUGAGCCAUAGAACUUUAUUCAAAAGAAAAAUGUUCCCCCAAGCUGGGGGACUUUAAUAUAUAACAAAUAUUAAACAAAGAAAGAAAAUAAUUAAGAAAAUAAAUAAAAUAUUUUUUCAAAAAAAGGAAUACUAAGUUAAA